UUUCCAAUUCUGGCGAACAGGUUGAGAAGAAACCGACGAUGUGAGCGAUGGCGACCGUUCUCUGGCCUCCAGGGGGGCUUUGUGCUCGCUUAUUCCGGGAGAGCCUCGCCCUGAUUUUGCCCCCGGGGCAUAGAAGCGCUUUAUAAACAACAAGCCCUGCCAGCGCAUGUGAGAAGAAGGCAGUGUCUCGCCCCAAAUAUGCCCGCGCCCGCCCUUCCUCCUCCCUCUGCCCCGACGUGACCCUCCCUGCGAAAAAUGGAAAUGAAUCGGGAGGAGCCGAGAGGAGAGUAGCGCGCCAGACCCGGGAGUGCGCGCUCCUCGGCUAGACAAGACCAUCCCUCUUCUCUCCCAAACAGAGGGAGGGGGGCGGCCUGUGUGCUCCACCAUCUUCCCGUUUGGAGAUCUCCAAGCAGAGCCAUGGAGGACUUCUGGGAAACAGGUUUCCUAAAUACUUCUUCUGAAGAUAUGGACAACUCAAAUUCCUCUUGUGAGGAUUCAGUAGAAACGGAGGCAUUUAUACAUUUGUCUCUUCCUCCAGCAGUCUUCAUCAUUAUAGUGCUGUCCUGUCUUGAAAAAAGAAUAAAAAGAUGUUGUAUAGAUGAAAAAAUUCCUCUACAUGGACACUGUGGGAUUAUGGCACCCUUUGAUAUCCUUGCCUUCAGCAACCGAUGGUCACUUGGAUUUGCAUUUGGAAUUAUUGCUGAUAAAGUGAUGUACCUGUUUACCUCAGACCACUUCAUUUCAUUAUUUCCGAGGUGGGCUAAAGUUUUUGUGGUUCUAAUCCAUGCCAUCGAAGUGGGCAUCUCUAUGUACCCCUUCUUUGCCUGCCUUUCAACAAGUUACGCGAUUACCGGAGCUAUACUGGGAUUCCUUUACACUGCAGCUUGGAUGUUCAUCUCGGUGGUAGACUAUUUCUUGUGCCCUGACAACAACUUUUUGGGUGAAUAUGACAACCUCAUAAAGGGCUGGCCUUCCUUGGUGUGCUACCUUUUCCUUCUAGGCAAAUUUGUUCACAUUUUUGUGAAAGCCAUAAUAGUCCGUUGUCGGCGUGACUCCGUAAAUGAGGAGACUUCUUUUGUGGAAACGCAUCAGAUACUGUAUGUCCAGAAAUUGCUGAGGAAACCGCUACCGGAGCCACCUCAGAAAUCCUGGAUUAGGAGGAAGAUGUAUCAAUGGGACCCUUACUUUCGAUUCCCGAGCAGAAUGAUUGCCACUGCUGUGCUUCUCUUUGUCUGCCUUUAUACAUUUGUUGUAGGUGAAUUUAUUGUAUCCAAGUUUACUAUCGACAUGCUAAAAAAUCUUAAAACAUUGCUAGACCAUCUGCUUCAAUCUUCUCCUGACGAAUUAGAAGAAACCAUGGCCCUUUCCAAGUCUUUUGGAGAAUUUAAUACUGUUGUAGAAGGUGUUUGGAUUUGCACAACUGUUGCUUCCUCUGUCAUGAGUGUUGCUUACGUACUGUUAAUGUUAGCCUGCUACAGAAAACACAUAAAGAAGCUGCGGGCAGGCAAGAAGUGCUACUUUCUGACAGAAUCGGAAUCAGAAACUGUGCCAUCUACUCAAUGUGUGCUAGCACUGGGAAGAUUCACCGCUUACCAAAUCGCAUACAUAAUAUGGGGUUACCUGAUCAUGCAUCUGAUGCAGUUUGUAGCUGGGAUGAUUCUUGUGUACGUGAUUAUUUUGCCCAUGGUACAUGGUGAAUGGGCCAAACUUCUGGACAAGUGGGGAACUGUGAUUCUUUCAUUUGUCCUCGUCAUGCUUUUGAGGAGGCUGGAGUUGCUUGCAGGUUCUCGAGUCUUUCUUCAGCCAAAGAUUUCACCAAAAGACGAUCAGAGACCUCUGGCACUUGACAACAGGAAAGCCUUUGUAAACUUCAGCUACUUUUUAUUCUUCCACUCGGUGGUGGUGGGUUUUUUUUCCUGCCUCAUGAGAGUGUUACGCAGCACUGUCCUGGGAGCCUUCCUGGUUGGACGAUUGGACAGGCCAGUGAUGCCAAAGGGCUUUGAAGGCUGUGAUAAAGCAUACAAGUCUUGGGUUGCAAUGCUCUUGAUGGACCACUACCACUCGAACCCCAUCCUUGUCUGCUUCUGCCACAUCCUGGAUACCAAAAUCAGACAGAGGCAAUGGCAAAAAGUCAAUGGACCCACCGAAAACACGGACAUGAGGGAAAUAGCUCCCAGGGUAUCAGGCAGAGCCAGGAAAAGAUGGCUGUUGCUUUACACGCUUUUGAACAACCCCAGUCUCCUGCAAUUCCGGAAGCGAAGACUAGGAUCUAAUCCUGUGGAUUUUCCACAGCCCUGUGCUGUCCCUCCAGGCGAUCAUUCGACAGACCAAUUGGUGCGUUGGGAUCAGCAUGUUUAAUAUGUGGACUCUACGUGGACUGUAGAGAUGCCGUUCCUGAGGAUGCAACGACAAAAGCGGCGCAAGUUAUACUUGCUGAGAGUUGCAUUUAUUGACAGCUUCUUCAAUAGUGCUUUCUAAAAAGAUAACCUGUUGUAUUUCCACCACAUUAUGUGUCAUGCCUUCCCUCCACAUGCAGCCUGCCUGCUGUAAUCGUUAAUAAACUAUACACAAGCCAUUGGCUCUAGGAAGAUUUAGGUAAUCUCUUUGAAGACCACACAAGCAUGCACUUUUUGUGUGUGCUGUCCCUAUGAAUUAUUUGACACUUUCCCCCCUGGCUAGACCCAGGGCUGUGCAAAGCUGGUAAUGGGCCCAGCCUGGACAGAAAAUGUAGGCCCCAUUUCAAACUGCUCGUGUCGUGCAUAAAAAGGUAAAGGUAAAGGGACCCCUGACCAUUAGGUCCAGUCGUGACCGACUCUGGGGUUGCGGCGCUCAUCUCGCUCUAUAGGC